UCAAACCACGUUCAAAGGAGUGACAACAGAUACGAUACGACACUGUAACUGACUAAACGUAAACACAAACACUUUAAUUAACACUAUUUUAAAGUAGCUGGUAAUUUAAACCUUUUCCAAACAACACAGACGUUCGUGUUUUUCUUUUCUUUUUUAAACUCACAGUACGUUGCGUGCUAACGUUAGCUCUUUGCUUUUAGGCUCUUUGGUUAGAGUCAUCCAACAUGGCGACCACGUAGAAUAAACAAGGUUGUUUGCAGCGCCAACGCAAAAUGAGGGUCCCCCGUUUAUGCAUGGGGCUCAGGCGAACCUAUCUGGUUUGGCCAAUCCUGCUGCUACUCCUGGUUGGUGCAGCCUUGACAGCUCUGCUUCCCCCUGCUGAGGACCAAGCAGGCCUUGGCGUCCUGGGAGUGUUGCGGCGUGCAACAUCACCAAAGGAGAAUCCACAUGCACAGGCCCACAGCACGGAGGAGGAGCAGAGGUUUACCAUCAUCAUCCAAACUUACAACCGCACAGACAUUUUACUCAAACUCCUAAACCAUUACCAGGCGAUGCCUCAUCUUCAGCGGAUUAUCAUCGUCUGGAACAACAUCGGGGAGCAGACACCUCUGAAGUUAUGGAACUCUUUGGGGCCUCAUCCGGUCCCUGUGGUCUUCAAGGAGCAGAGCAGCAAUCGAAUGCGCAACAGACUGCAACCGUUCCCUGAGAUCGAUACUGAUGCUGUGCUGAUGCUGGAUGACGACACCCUGGUCAGCGUUCCUGACAUCAGUUUUGCUUUCACUGUCUGGAAGCAAUUUCCAGACCAGAUUGUUGGGUUCGUCCCACGAAAACACGUCUCAACACCAGGAGGAGUGUACAGUUAUGGCAGCUUUGAACUGCAGGACCCAGAAACAGCUGGAGGUGACAAAUACUCCAUGGUGUUAAUUGGUGCUGCCUUCUUCCACCGCCGCUACCUGCAGCUCUUCCAGGACCAACCUCAAGAGGUGCACGCGCUGGUGGAUGAAACACAAAAUUGUGAUGACAUUGCCACAAACUUUGCUGUAGCACUGUAUUUAAAGAAGUCUAUAGGAAGCAUUAACAAACCCUCUGGGGUCUUUGUCAAACCUGUGGACCUCCGCAACCUGGAAAAGGAUGCCAGCAGUGGGUACCACGGUAUGUGGCAUCGCCCUGAACAUCUCCUUCAGAGAUCCUACUGUCUGAACAAACUGGCACAGAUCUAUGGCUCAAUGCCACUCUGCUUUUCCAACCUGAUGGUCUCACAGUUUGGCUUCCCCAGCUAUGCCAACCACAAGAGUAGAGGCUGAGGACCUGCCACAUCUCUGACUGUUUUGGAUAGAAAGAAGUAGCAAUCUGGCUGGUCUGUGUUGAUUUAAUAACGCAGCACAUGUCUAGGAUUUGGUUGAUUGCCUGGUGUGCAGCUGAAGAAACUUGUAAAACCUGUUAAAAAUCAUCAUAUGAAUAUUUAUGUCCACCUGCUCAGGUUUCUGCUAUUUCUCAUGCCAUAAUAUGAGUAGUUUCACUGUGGCAUCAUGACCUUUACACCAAGGAUUGUUAAGGGAUUUUCUACAGUCCAGUCAGCUUAAAGAGCCAUAACUGAUGAGGUAGUCUGUAUACUAUUGCCAAAGCUGCCUUUUCUUCAGUAGUGCAGUUACUUUAUAGCCAGCAGGUGUCAGUCUUAGAUCUGAUUAGACAGUUUGUAACCAUAAUUUAGACACUGUCUUAAUCAAAUUUAGUAAUUUACUACUAUUAUUUAUUGUUUAUUGAAUGUGUUACUGUCUGGUGAGCUUAUGAUUAUAGCCUCUAGGUUCUUCAGUAUUCUUUGGCCAAAAAUGAAUCCCACCAAAGUGUGAAUAGAGAAUAAAUAUGUAUUUAUGUGCAUAUCAGCAUAAUCUUUAUGUACAGUACUGUGCAUGCGUGGACAAUCAUAUAUGACUAUAUAUCAUGCAAUUCAGUUCAAUAAAGCCAGCAUGUCUCUCCUCUGAACU